GCUGAUAGGGGCAAACACGUAUCGCUGCUGUUGCUGCCAGUAGUCCAAGAGGCCUUCUAUUCCGCACGAAUUGCCGACAUCGUUUGGCAAAGAGGCACUGAUCUCCAAGUUGAUACUUGGGUAUGUUGGUUCGCCAGCCGAAUCGACAUCCUUCUAGGCUUCGAGAAUACGGAAAAGGGACAAGAUGUUGAUGGCGAAGCAUCCGCGGUCCGCUGCGAUCUCUUCAUGAGUCUGACGUCUCGAACGAUUCUUGAUGCAAUGGCCCGGUAACUGGAUUUUGAACCAGAUGUGUUUAACGUAGCUUUGUCGCCAGUACUUGUUGUGGAAUGCCUUGGCCAGGGUUUCCAGCGACUGGUCAUCCGAACCGACUUGGAGGACCCGAAAGUUUCUUGGCUCGAUGGUGUUUUGCCAGUCCCUGCAGAUGCCUGCAAACCUUCCAGGAACGUAUUCAAGAAUCUUGUCUCUGAUCUCCUGGGGUAGGUCGCUCCACUGGGCCUCGCUUUUGAAUGUAGUCAUGUCGUUUGGUAGGAUACUUUUGUUAGAAUACUUGGGCGCACUUGUUGUCAGACAGGCACAAUGAGGACAAUCGGGUAUGUUUGGCUCCAAGUCAAAUCUCCUGGGCAAGUCAUCGCCGAAUGCUCAUGGAAUUUGAGGAAGGGCGAUACCUCGGCUCAAAAGGGGCCAGUGAAUAAAGAGGAAAGAGUGAGGAAGAAGCAGAGAGAACAGGGAGGCAGGUAAGGUAUCUACUUGGAAUCUUGACUCCUUCCUCCCGUCCUUCACCUCACCACACUUCACCACACCUCACCACACCUUCACCUCAACCGGCCUCCAUCUUUUCCUGCCUUUCAAUCCCGUUGCCACCUAGCCAGCUACUAGGUACCCCUCCCCCAAACAUACUGCAGGCCGAACGAUAACAAGGGAAAGUGCACUUUCUCAUCAACACCUCCUUUGAAGACUGUACCUUGCCCCGUUCUAGGUGGGAAAUACAAUCCAAGGUAUUUGUGCUCCCUUGACCUCGUCGUACAUUUGCUGACUUUGUACCACAGCUCGCAGGUCAAGCAGUCGUGCAAAACAUCCAUAAAUGCCACCAAGAAAGUUAAUGAUAAUCCGCGAGCAGUGUCUGAUCUACUGGCCAACCAUCGUGAAGAUGCGCUGGAGAUGGACAGAAGCCGUCAAACGUCAAACAACAGACCUCGACGAUGUGGAAAGCUUGCCUCAGCUGAGGGACUCAGCACCGGCCUUACUUAAGACAUCAAACCCACACAAUUAAGGGAGCGAGAUCUGGAUCAGUCUAGGCCCAACGAGGAUUGGUGCGAUUCGUGAAGGCGACAGAAUCCCUGCCCGCAGAGGUCGGAACCUUCUCCUUUCAGUCGGGGCCCUCUUUGCAGAUGCAGCAGGAGGGCGGGAUCCCCUGACGCCUGCGACCCUUUUGCCUUUGCUUUUGCUGCUGCUUCCCACCCCCGGCCGAAGCAGAGGUCAGAAAAAAAAAAGAUACCUUGUCCACGGGAAAUUCCACCUCAUCCAGAAUCUCCCCCAGAGAGACCACAUUUCCCAUUCGCAAUCUUGUGGGAGAAAAUUUCCUUUUCUCUUCUGCAGAGACUCGACAGAUUCCUACCGGACGGGAUACUGUCAAUUCGAGACGACGAGUCAGGGGGAUACUAAGGAAGGAAAAAAAACGAGGUACGUGGAUGUUGUUGCUUAGCUGGCAGCUCCCUCCUUGCCAUCAGUUGUUCCCCACGUUGAGACGAAGCUAACAACACCUGGCAUCUAGCCACAGCUGCGCUUUCUCGAUCCCGAUAUUCCUUUACCUUUCGGCCAUUGCGCGCCGCCUUCCCAUUCCAUCAGAAUUCAACUGGACUCGGCAAGGACAAGAUGAAGUUCAGCAGCAUUCUGUCCGUUGGCCUUUUGGUCGUCUCGCCCCUGGCUGCGGCCUGGAGCAAGGAGGAUCGUGAGAUUUUCCGUAUCCGCGAUGAGAUCAAGGCCCACGAGGCCAACCCCGAACAGACUUUCUACGACCUCCUCGGCGUCAAGAACAGCGCUUCCAUCGACGAGAUCACCAAGGCCUACCGCAAGAUCUCCCGCACUCUCCAUCCUGAUAAAGUUCGCCAGCAGCUCAUCGCCGAGCGCACCAAGGCUAAGAAGAAGGAGAAGAAGACCCCCGGCGUCAAUGUUUCCAAGGCUCCUACUCAGAAGGAGAUCAAGGCCGCUGUCAAGAUUGCCUCUGAGCGCCAGGCCCGCCUCGGUCUCGUGCGCAACAUCAUCAGUGGUCCCGAUCGCGACCGCUACGAUCAUUUCCUGAAGAAUGGCUUCCCGGCCUGGAAGGGCACCAAUUACUAUUACAAUCGGUACCGCCCUGGCCUGGGCACUGUGCUCUUCGGUGUCUUCCUUGUGGCUGGAGGUGCCUUCCACUACAUCGCUCUGUACAUGUCGUGGAAGCGCCAGAAGGACUUCGUCGAGCGCUACAUCAAGUUCGCGCGCAAUGCUGCUUGGGGAGACAACCUGAGCAUCCCUGGCAUCGACGACACCCCCGCUCCUGCUCCCGCUGCGCCCGCCGCCGACGAUGAGGAGGGCCCCCAGCUGCCCAGAAACCGCAAGGAGAGACGUAUGCAGGAACAAAUGGCUCGCAGAGAGGCCGCCAAGGAGCGCGGAGGCCGAUCCCGCAAGCCCGCUCCCGCCGCUCGCAGUACCAGCGGCAGCGGUACCGCCACCCCCCGCGAGACGGUUGCGCAGACCGGUCAGACCGGCCCCACCGGCUCCAAGAAGCGCGUUGUCGCCGAGAAUGGCAAGAUUCUUGUGGUUGAUUCCCUCGGAGACGUCUACCUCGAGGAGCAGGAUGAGGAUGGCAACACCGAGCAGUACCUCCUUGACCCCAACGAACUGCCUCAACCCACCAUCCGUGACACCGCGCUCGUCCGCCUCCCCAUCUGGGCCUACAACCGCACUGUCGGCCGCGCCCUCGGCAAGAACAAUGCUGAGCUGGAAAUUGACACUGAGGACCUGGACUCUGAUGACGGCGAGAUUCAACACACCCCCAGCUCCGACUCUGCCGCUGAUGACUUUGAGCUCUUGGAGAAAUCGACCGAUUCUUUGGGCAAGGCCAAGGCUUCCGGUGCGCAGACUGGAGGCAAGACCAACAAGCGCAAGAACAAGAAGCGUUGAGGCACUGGUUCAAGAUCUGGCUGAUGAAUAGAGCUUCACGGCUGGCCUCUCCGAACCCUCUGACGGGUUUUGCGAUCUUGGUUGGUCUUGAGGAUCAGACAAGCGACCCAGAGGUGCAUGAUGCGUCAUGAAGCUGCAGCCAGUCUCGUCGUUUACGUAGAUUAUCCAUCAAUGCAAAUUCUCGUACGAAUUGUAGAGUACAAUAACAGGGCCACAAUGUGUUGAAGGUGUCAGUGUGCUGCAUCGUGUCUAGUGCAUUG